UGUAAAGGGGGACCCGGACACCUUCAGACAGACAAAGGACAGCUCGUUUACCUAGCUAUUCUUGCGUUGUCCUUUUAACCAACAAGUUCAUAACAUUUGUAUUAUUUUUUGUGUUCUUUAUUAGCGCAACAGUUGACAAAAUGACUUACUUAAGGUUUUGCUAUUUGGCUGGAAUUCUUUUAGUAAUCUCGCAGUUAUCCUUGUGUCAAAAGAACAGUACUCGUGGUUCCAGAGGAUGCCACGGCCGCCGGUGUCACAGACACGACCACGGCAAUGUCACCACUGAAUACUACGCCUGGUCUCGCAGCCUGGAGAACAAUGUCAACAUUGAUGAGUCAGCUGCAGUCAUACCAGAGAAAAAAAUUGUCCUGCUGUAUUCUAACGACACUGAGUUACUGAACCUAAAUAUCACCAAGGCCACAACACUGUACAGUUUCUUCAAUGAUUCAAAGUUUGGAGUCAUCAAACCGAGGCUGAGGAGAUUCCCAUGUAUACAACUUGAGAGUGUGGUAGAAACUUACGAAGGAGUUUCCAGUGAACUAAAGAAAAGAAACGGAACAACUGUAACUGCUACGUCCAAGAGAUCUCUAGUGGCUCUGGAUGCACCUCUGACUCAAGAAGAGCGUGAAAAGUUGUUCAAUCAGUCCACUGCCGUCAGCAUUCACUGCAAAAGGCGAGAUGUUGUCAGGGCCAAGCCAGGUUCAGGUACAGGUACUUUAAAAACUGAAGACAUCAAAAACUUACAGUUCCUAGAGCUAAAUGGCCUCCUGACAGUUACAGUACCAGCAAAGUUGCGCAACUCAAUUAGCAGAAGGCGUUUUGGAAACGAGACUCCUGCCAACAAGACUAAAAGCCCUUAAAAUCAAUAUCCCAAAGGAACUUCCAAUUACCCUGGGCCUCAUUAGCCCAUAAUUAUUUCAUAGUUUAGUGAAGUUCUUAAAUAACACAAAAAAAAUAGUGUUCAGUUAGUAUUGCUCCCAUCACCUAUUCUUUAUGAUAGACUGUUGGGUCAAAGUAAUUAUUGACUCAAAAGAUAAGCCAACUCAAGACUGAUUACUGAACCUUUUAAAUUGAUAUGAAGUCUAAUCGGCCUAAUGCUUGUAAUAAAUUUUUUUUAUUUUAUUACUAUUUUGUAUUGUAUUUGAAUAAAACCAAAGCCAGUAAUAAAUGUAUAAGAGCCUGCAUAAACAUUGGCUAUUAUUAAAUAUUCUCAAAUAUACUGAAUUUAUAGUAGGAGAUUAUAAAUUCUUUAUAUUACUUUAAAUAUUCAAUUUCUUUAAUUUUUUUUAUGGUCUCAUUGCAAAUUUUUUUGGAGUAAAAUGUUACAACGAAAAAAUAUGAAAUAAAAUUAUUAUGCAUAAUAAUAAAA